UGUACAUAAAAUUUUUAGUCAAACGCCGUUUAUUUUUCGUAGUUAAACUAAUUAAAUUUAACCAUAAUGGCCAAGCUAAACAACCAGAUGUGGAUAUUCAACAAACAAGAACUAGAAAAAUUGCACUUAAAAGACUCGGUAUGGAGGGCAGAAGAGCCGUUGAUAAACACCCGAAAAUUGGGAAGCUACAAUCUGGGCGAUUGGUACGUGCAAUACUCCCUUUUGUACCAGAAGCUGGACACCUGCUUGGACCAAAUGGUCCAACCGCAGAAGAGGCUCACAGUAAAAAAACUGGUAGACGCAAUCGCGAUAAGAUUAAUGGAAUUCAACGACGAAUUAAGAAAUUUAGACUACAGCGAGAUCCAUUAUUUCGACGGCAAUCUCAUCGAACUCAAACUAAUACCUCAGGAGAUCGAAAUCCUGCACCCGACCUUAUUCACCAACCGGCCCGUCACGGUCGAAGAGAUGCUGAAGAAAUUUAAACAAGGCGAGAAAGUUUACUUCACCCCGGAAGAACUGGAAGAAAUAGAACGAUUGAAAAGAGAAGCGGAACUGGAAGCGGAGAGACUGAAACGGAGACCGCCCCGGCCCGGCGCUUCUCGGAUACAAAUAUCGCCCGAGGAAGAACGGAAACGCAACGCUUUCAAUUUGGCUGUGAAGAAGAUCCAGACCGCCGAAAGGGCGCGACAGGAGCGCGUUUUCUUCGGCAUCAAACACUCGAUAGUGAUGGAGAAGCAAAAAAUGCGAGCCCUCGCCAUAGCCAAAGCCCUGGGGCAAGUGCAAAACGUCGAAACUCAAACCGAAGAGGAACGCAUUAAAAUCCACACAGCAGCCGCCAUCAUCAUACAAACCUACUGGAGAGGAUACAAAGCGCGCAAGCAACGCAAGUACGACGAAGAACAGAGAAAAAUAUUGAUAGGCAUGUACGUCCCACCGUGGAGAUCCAAAGCCGAAUUCGAUUUACUCGAGCAAAACCUCAACAAGCGACGCGAAUUGAGAGAGCAGCGGCUCAAAGAAUACGUCGAGGGAAUCGAAAAGGAGAAAGUCAGAAUCCUCAAGUUCGUGCGGCCCCGCAUCAUGGAAGAAAUAGGCGACGAAAUCAGACAGUGGUUCGCCGAUUGGUACUACAAUUGCCACAAGUUCGACGAGUUCCCGGCGGAGGUGCUCGGAGGAACGGUGGUGGUGAUGCGAGGCGAGACCUACACGCCCCAGGAGUACCUCCAGAAAAUCGCCGACGAAAAAGCCAUGGGGCCCAAGGCGCUCAAAGAGCUCCGGCAGCAGGAGAAGAACGACGCGAAGAUGGCGAAAUUCGCCGAAAGCGAAAAACGCAAGGCCGAAGAGAAGCUCAAGAAGAAGCUGCUGAAGAAGAAACAGGCCGAAAUAAAGGCCAUGCUACCGCACCAUUAUAAAUACUACUUCGAACCGCCCAAGUACCUGCCUUUGCUGCAACAAGGCGCUCUGGAGCACAAGAUCUAUUGGGACGAAAUCGACGAAUUGAAAAACCCUUUGGAGAAACACUACACGAAUCUAAUCACCGACGAUAUCAUCUACGAAACCCAAUUAGAAUGCCGGAGAAUCGUCGACGAAUUGAUGAGGCUCGAGCUAAACAUGCUACUCAACGCUUACACCGAAGAUACAGGUAAAAAAACCAACCCGCCGGCGAACAAAAAAAUCAAAGAGAAAAAGAAACGAGGCAAAGACAUAACCUCCGACCGUUCGAUCGAGGAUCUCUUCCAGGAGCUGGUGGACAACGGCGUGAUUAGAACCUACCCGAAAGUGUCCUUGGACGAUUUUCGCGGCGAUUUCGCCUACCACAAUUGGGAGCUGCGCGACGGCGACUUGGACAACGAGCCGAGCUUAUUAGAUCUGCGACAGGCCGUCGUUAUGAACAUAAUCCUUCCGAUGGGAGUGACCGAGAUGCGGAGACCCAAGUCGUUGCUGAUCAGCGGGCCUUCGAAGAGCGGCAAGCACGUUCUGGCCAACGCCAUUUUCAACGCCACGCGAUGCGUUCUGUUCGAUCUUUCGUUGGAGACGACGGCGUUUAUAUACGAGGACGACGAAAUCGAUAUGCUGGUGCAUUUGGUGAAGAAAAUGUCCAAGCUACUGCAACCAUCGAUUAUAUUCUUCGACAACGCGGAGAAAACGUUCUAUAAGAGGGUGCCGGCUGAAGAGAAGCUGCUGAGACCGAAGAGGUUGGGAAAGUACAUUCCUGCUUUCAUCAAAAACAUCACCGACCAGGAUCGAAUAAUGAUUCUAGGUAUUACCAGCAAUCCAACUGCAGCAUCGAAUCAACUGAACAAACUAUAUGAAAGGCAUAUUUUAAUUCCUAGGACCGAUUACAGCACUUUGUACAUGCUGUGGAGCGAGCUUCUAUUGAACGAUCCAUGGGUGGAUAGAAAUAUUAAUGUCACUCUUAUUACUAGAGUUACGACUGGAUUCACGUAUCCAGUCAUUAGGGACCUACUAAACGGUAUAUUUCACAUUAGAAGAGUUUUACAGAUAAAGAACAAGCCCUUAACAGCCGAGGAAAUAUUCAGUUAUAUACAGAUGAAUAACGUACAGGGGGUAACUGAUGAAGCAUGGGCGGUGUUCGAUAAGUGGUGGAGGAAAUUCCCGUUCUCCAAAAAGAAAGCGGCUUAUUUGAGAGCUGCUAAGGAACAGAGAGAACGGGACGCCCUUUAAAUUUGCGAAAUAUUAGAUUUAACGUUACGUAAGAGAUCUAUCGGAAUUCCAAAUUACCCGUUUCUUGCAUUCAUAUUUCAAUAAAUCAAUAUUUUUGCCGACGAUUAGAAUUCCUCGGGUGUUUGGCUCGGAGAUAAUUAUCGUCCCCUUCCAAUAUACUAACAAUGUAAGUAAUUG